CACCUUUUUAGCCGAUGAUGGGUUACGGCAAGCUGUUUCUGUUACUGCUUCUUAGCAGCUACACUUUGGCUCAGGAAGGCAAUGACAACAAUGAACAAACUUCAACUUGUCUGUUGGCAUCCAGAUUCAGGACCUAUAAGAAAUAUGUGUACCAAUACACCACAGAGAGCAGAAAUGGCAUGGUGGGCACUGCCAACCUGAAGAACGGCGCAAAAGUCUCUUGUCAGGUAGAGAUCGAAGUUCCGCAGACAUGCAGAUUUGUAAUGCACACCAGGGACUGUGCUUUAAGUGAGGUGUCAGCCAUGGACCCCCAGGGCCAGCCGGUCUACAGCCAGGCCCGUGGCUUUGCAGCCUUCCAGGCCGCCAUGGAAAAAAACCCCUUGAAAUUCACUGUGGAGGGAAAAUCGCCGUUGUCCAGCUUUACCCAGAGGACAGACGAGCCAGUCAACAUCCUCAACAUUAAGAGAGGAAUUGUAUCAGCACUCAUGGUGCCUGUCAUGAGGAUGAAACAAAAAGCUUCAUGGUUGAACACAGUGCAUGGCCAAUGCUUAACAGACUACCUUGUGCAUGCGAGGAAGGAUAUUGCCACAGAUGUGACACUGUCCAGAGAUUUAUCCCAGUGUGACCAGUUCUACAGCAGGGAACUAGUCAACAGCCCAUUGGCGCUGCUGCAAAAACUGCAUCGCCCCUUGUCCAAACUUAUUACAAGCACUCAAGACUGCAACUACAAGUUUGAAAACAAGGGAAAGCACAUCACGGCCGCCAUAUGUACAGAAAAACACAUCUACCUGCCGUUUUCACAUGAGGACAAUGGAAUAUCUUCUGUGGUGACCCAGGAUGUAAUCUUUAAAAGCUCUAAAAGGAUCAACAACAAAGUGUUUGAGGUUAACCCUAGCCAGAGCAAGCCACUACACUUUGAAGAUCCUGAGGAUAAAGCUCCAGUCCAGACUAAGGACACUGUUCUGAGCUCCCUCCAGGACCUUGUCACUUUGGCAGGGACAGACCAGAGUAGGAAGAGGGCCAGCCUCUUCCAUAAGUUUGUGUCCAGCCUGCGCGUCCUGAGGAAUGAGACUCUGAGCCAGGCUCUCACUGAGAUGUUGGAUAUGUCAGGCUGGCUUACCUGGCAGGCCCUGUUACAGUGUGGAACCACAGAGUGCAGCAGCGCCAUGCUGCAGGCUAUCAGGACAAAUGAUGGGUUGUCCCCAGGGGUGGAUGCCCUGGUCUACGGGCUGAGUCUGCAGCCCCAUCCUGAUGCCACACGUGUCCGGGAUAUGCUCAGCAUGGCUCAGUAUAAACAGAGCAGAGCCAUCAUGUAUGCUCUCGCCAACACAGUCAAGAAGUUUCACAAAGCAGAUGUCUCUCCAGUGGUCAAAGAUGUAUCAAAGUUUUUUGAAACACUUUUAAAUGAUUGCUCCGGAGAAAUCCUUGAUGAAGACACUCUAGCUGACCACGAAGAUAUGUCCUUCCUUGUACUGAGGGUUGUUGCUGUCAUGGGUCAAGCCAUGCAAGCUGCUAACCCCAGCCUGAUUUCCUCCAUUUUGCGUUGUGCUAAGAAAACAGACAUUCCAUUAUCAAACCAAAAGGCAGCUAUACAGGCCUUUAGGUUGAUGGAUAUUAAUGAUGAGGUCAGAAACAUUUUCAUGGAGGUGUAUGAGGACGCUCAGAGCCCUGUUGAAAAACGUGUAGCAGCCUACCUCAUGCUGAUGAAGAGCCCAGACCAUGCCCUGGUAACAAACAUUUUGAACAAUUUGGAGAAUGUGAGGGAUAAGCAGCUCAAGAGCUUUGUGGUCUCCCAUCUGAAAAACAUCCACAAAUCCGGCGAGACACAAAUGUAUCAAUCCAGGAAGGACAUUGAGUUGGUCCUGGCAGACACAAACACACUAGUUGAUGGCAUGUCAAGCCACUACAAAAUAGACUCUGCCUUGGGCUCAAUUCAGAGCAACAUCAUCUUCAAUGCCACAGACACCUUACCUAAGGAGGUGAUGCUGGAGACCACUUUAAAGGUUUUUGACUACAAUUAUGACAUAUUUGAGGUUGGUGUUGAGGGAACAGGAUUUGAACCAACGAUUGAUGCUCUCUUUGGAGAGCAAGGCUUCUUCCCUGACUCCAUUUCCAAAGUUAUGUACUGGGCAGGUGACAAAGCCAACAUUCUGAGAGAGGUUUUGGAGAAAGUUUUUCCAGAAAAAGACAGAACUAAGAGACAGGUCCCAGAGAAUCUUCUGAAAUAUAUCGCAAACAGUGCCCAGAAGCUCAUGGAUGAUGUGCAUGUCUCACCAGCCCCUGAAACCAUUGCUUAUCUUCGUCUCCUGGGAGCUGAGAUAGGAUACAUGAAGACCAAUGACAUGAGAAAUAUGGCUCAGACUCUGUCCAUGUACUACCAUGUUUUCAUGAGGGAGCUACCUGUCAAGGCCUUUUUUGCGUUGACAUCUAGCACUGAAAAUGAAAUCUUUGCGCACUACAUCUUCAUGGAGAAUGCCUUCUCUUUAUCUACUGCCUCUGGUUUCCCUUUGAAGUUCUCCAUGGCUGGUGUGAUUGCACCUGGGGCAAAGGGAGGCUUCACUCACUCACCUGCUAAAACAAUGACUGACUUGUCCUUCAUGCCUUCAGUUGGGCUAGAAUUCAUCACCCAGAUGGGUGUGCACAUUCCAGACUAUCUAGAGGCGGGGCUAGAGAUGCAUAGUCAAUUGUACUCUGAGAGUUCCCUCAAUGCUAAGGUCACCCUGAGCAGGAACCAGAUGAGAUUGUCUAUCCCUGCUCCUAAGUCAAACACGCAGUUGUUCAGCAUUAGCAAUGAGAUGCUGUCAGUGUCCUGUGGUCAAACAGAAAAAGUGCCAUUGUUGAUGGAGGACAGGAUUGACUCAACUGACUGCCAACCCCUUUUAAGAGGUCUAAAUAUCUGCACAAUAGUGCGUUACUCCAAUGCUACUUCAAUCGACCAGGCCUCAUAUUACCCUCUGAAUGGAGAAAGCAGGUUUGCAGUUGAAAUCCAGCCGACAGGGGAAGUCUCAGAGUACACUGCCACCAUCAUUGAUGAAACGCUCAGAGAGGGUAAAAAGGGUCGUCAUAAGGUAGACUCUCUGAAGCUAACGCUGAAGGCAGAAGGAUUCGAUUCACUCGAGGCUACUGCGUCUCUGAAAUAUAACCGCAACAAGAAUACUCUCACCACUGAGGUUGUCAUUCCCGACUACGAUGUGGAAGCAGGCAUUAGGCUGGCUGUAAUUGAGAGUGAUGCCAGAGGAAAGAAGAUGAGAGGUAUUACUAUUGAUGUCACCAACAGGAACAUCCCACAGCUGACUCUUAUAGGACAUACAAGACUUCAUAUGAUGAAUGAUGCCAUGCUGCAGCUACAGAUGGUCAUUCCCAUUAUAAAAACUGAAGCCUCUGUCUCUGCAACCCUAAAGAAGGAUAAGGAUGUGCUCAUGGACUUAGUGACAGCCAUAAACCUCCCUAAGACAUCCUACCAACAAAAAGCUUCCCUAAAAUUUGAUGAUGACAAGUUUGAGGUGGAACUGAAAUCUGACAUGAAUAUAGAGAUUCAUAAACUGAUCCCAAGUAUAGUUGAUCAUCACAGGCAGCUGCAACAACUCAUUGAUCAUAUCCUGGACCAGACAGUGGCAAAGACUGAUAUGAAACUGCGUCACAUAGUCACCAAAGGAAUUGAGGCAGGUGAUAUAUGGUUGGACAAACUGACAGCACGCAUCCCCUAUCUUGUAAAUCUGCGAAGUAAGAGAAGCAUCUCAGAUCUGACCCUGCCAGCUUUGCCCGAGAAACUGUUUGUGCAUUCUGACAGCUUGUUCCGAUACCAAUUCAACAAGGAUAAGAUGGCCAUCUCAAUUCCUCUUCCACAUGGAGGCAAAACGUCAGAAGAGCUGAACAUACCAACAACAGUGUCUAUUCCCCUUAUAGAUUUACCAACAAUAGGCCUUAAUAUUCCUGCCAAAACCGUUAAUCUACCAUCAUUCACUAUACCUCCUUUUUUGGAUUUGACUGUCCCCCUUGUCGGUCUGGUUGAAGCAUCCACCAAGAUCAACAGCAACUUCUACAGCUGGGAAGGUUCCAUCUCUGGGGGCAACAACACUGUGGAUGUCCCCAACUACAUUGUACAGUACAAGGCAAUGGCCCAAUCACCUUUCAACCUACUUUCAUACAAGCUUGAAGGAACCGGGAUGAUGUCAGGAAAAGCCGAUGAUAAUUUGAAGUACCUUCUGAAUAGUUCCUUCAGCCAUAGCCUCAUUGACACAAGCUUCAGUGUCUUUAACACAUUAACGGUAACAAACACAUUGAAUGCAAGAGCCAACUACAAGAUUGAAGCCUCUAGUCCAAUUGGCCUGCAAGCAUCUCUAUACUACUCUGCUAAGUCAACUUCAACUAUUGAUUCAUGUAAAGUCUCAGGAGAUGGCACAGUUGAUGGAUUGCUCAAAAUAUGUUCAUUCUACACCAAUACCUCCUACACCCACAGCUAUAACAUGAGUCCGCUUGAGGGAAAAGGAAGAGGAGAUUCCAACCUUCACUUCAACUUGCCAUUCAUGGAAGUUCACAACAUGAUCCAAGGAGUUUACGCAAACUCUGAGUUGAACAUUGUGUCCAAAACCAAUGUCCAAAAGGAUGUCUUCAACCAUGUAGCAGACCUCAAGUAUAAAGAUGCACAACUGACCCUAAAGUGCAAUGCAGUUGCCUCAGCAAUGGGUAAAUCACUCAAUAACAAAGUUGAGCUUGGAGUGUCCAGUCAAAUGGCCAUCCUCAGAAUUGAGUCACAGGCAGAUGGUGACUCAAAUAGAGCAUUUUCACUUAUAACAGGAUCCCUGGAUUCAAAUGGUCUUGAGGUCAACUCUGAAGGUUCUCUCACAUUGGACACAGGUCGUGGAUUGCACAAAGCUUCUCUUUUGGUUAGCAGAAAUGAUCUGACCACAAGUGGAACUAACAUCAUUCAGUGUAGCCCUGUCACAGUGGAGAAUAUUUUCAGUGGUGCCAUUGACAACAAUGGAGCAUCCUUUUCAUCCGGGGUCAAAACAUUGGCUAUGGAGAGCAGGGGAGAGCUGAACAUUGAAGUUAAAAUCACAGCUGCUGAAGCUUCUUUGAAUGGUGUCUUCAAGGGCCAUGCAUAUGACGCAACCACAAGAAACAACAUAGACAUUAUUCUGAACCGAAGGGCUCUGGCCUUUACUAGCAAUACCAUGGGGACAUUCAAGCAGAUGAAUACAGAAAAUAGCCACACACUGACCCUAACUUUGUGGACCCUAGCCCUCCAAUCCAAGACUAAAAACUUUAUCUGUGAAGAUAUGCACUACAAGCAAGACACCAGGGUAAAUAUUAAGCCAUUUGUUAUGUCAUUUGAUUUGUCAAAUGACCUCAGGUUUUAUGAUAUCAGUUUGAACAAUGUUGGCCACAUGAAGCUUGAGCCAAUUAAGAUGGAUCUGAGUGGAAAUAUGAAGGGAGCAUAUGGAGAAGAACACAACAUUAAACAUACCUAUGAGCUGAGUAUUGACAAUAUGGCUGGAAAAAUGAAAUACAACAUGUCUGGGAACUUAACGGAUGCCCAACUAAGUCACAACUGUGAACUUGAGAUUGCUGGACUUUCCUCCAAGUUAAACUGUGAGGCACAAAUAAAGUCAGAACCUCUACGUUUUGACAGUACUAUUCGCACCAUGGCACAGCCUUUCAGGCUCACUCUUGAUGCGAUCGUAAACAGUGAUGGAGAAAUUAAUCUAUAUGGGAAGCACGCCGGACAGCUGAACAGCAAGUUGUUAAUUAGAGCUGAGCCCCUAGCUUUUACACACUCACAUGACACCCGGGUGUCAACCACACAUAUGCUUCCAAGUGGAGAGUCUUCCACUCAUUUAGAAAACCAGUUUGAUGGCCUCCUGACACCAAGUGACCAAUCUCUGACCUGGAAAGUAAAAUCUGAACUAAAUAACCAUGCUUAUAACCAGGACAUCAGUACUUUUAAUAAUCCUGAGAAGAUUGGAUUAGAGUUUUCAGGAGUAAUGUUAACAGACAUUUUCAAGAAUUUGGGCAAAAAAGACACGAAAUCAGAAAUACAAGAAUUUAGUAUGGCUGGUUUCAUCAAGUAUGACAAGAACGGUGACUGUCACGUCAUUGACAUCCCAUUAAUUGAAAGCUUUCCUGUUGCUUUGGAGCAGUACAAGAACACACUUGUCCAAGCCUUAGAAUCACUUCAACAGUUCAUCCACAAUUUAGAUGUUAUUCAGCUAAUCACUGACUUCAGAGCCAAGCUAGACAGGGUACCUAUGCAAGUGACACACUUCAUGCAAGAAAUUGACUUAGAGAACAAAGUAAAUAAAGUAAAAGCUAAAUUGGAUUAUCUGGUCAAUGAGUUUGCUGUAACUAUGAAUGAUUUGGAGGUUGCUGUGAACAAUUUGAGAGAGUUCAUUGAAAAUACAGUAAUGGACUUUGCCACUAAAGUAAGAGAUCUCAUCCUUACAAUAAAAGAGUAUGUCAAGGCCAGACACCUUAUCAACAUGAUAACAGAUGUACUUUCACAAAUUGGAAAUAAGCUUUGGUCCAUUGAUGAACAGUAUGAAAUUAAGCAUUCACUUGUCAAAGCACUUGAUACCAUCGAGGACAUCAUCAGACAGAUUGAUUUUCAGAAGCUCACAGAAAGCAGUUCUGUGUGGCUUCGAGAAUUUGAUUCUAAAUAUGGAGUCUUGGAGAAAAUCAAAGACAAACUUUCUGAAAUGAAACAGGCCAUUCAAAUCUUUGACUUUAAAAUGUUUUUUGAAGAUUUAAAGGAUUACCUUCUAUCAAUAGAUUUGGCAAAUUAUUUUGAGCAGCUGUCAUAUAGAAUCCCCUCUUCGGAGAUAGCAAAAGUCAUGGAAUCUAUGAACGAUGUUAUUGUCAACUGGAUUGAUGAAUAUGAAAUCCCCAACAAAAUCAAUACGCUGUAUUUCUACAUUAGGGAUCUUCUUUUAAAAUACAGUCUUGAUGAGAAAUGUAAAGAAUUAUUAGAUCAGCUAGUGAUUCUAGUCAAUGAAUUUAAAAUUGAUGAGACUGUGCGGUUGAUUGUAGCAACUUUGAAAUCUGUCCAUUUUGAAUUGGUUUAUGAUAACAUUAUGCAACUUCUGCUCAGCGUGACAAGACAGCUCAAAGAAAUUGAAUUUAGGAAAAGCAUUGAUGAGCUUCAUAAACAUAUAUCAUCAAUGAUUAAAUCACUGAAGGAAUUUGACUACAGUGCAUUUGUUGACGAGUCCAACAAGAGGAUUGCUGAACUAACAAAUAAUAUCAACAAACAGAUUAAAACAUAUGAGGUUGUGCAAAAACUUGAGGCAGUAAGGGAAUUUUUCAGAGAGAUCCAAAGUUCCACCUUCACAUAUUUGGACAACCUAAAAAAAACUAAACUUGCUGAUGCCUUGAAUAAAUUGAAAACUGUGAUUGACAAAACAUUUUACAAUGACAUCAAGAUGAAAGUGCAAGAUAUUCUCGAAGAUAUGCGACAAAGAAUCCUUGACAUGGAUAUCAGAAACGAAAUGUACAUUUACCUCAAAAGAGCAAGUGAAUCCUACACUAAUGUGGUUGCCUACAUUUCUGCACAGUUUAACCAACUGACAGUUGAGAUCAGAAAACUUGCCAAUGAUAAGGAGAUCAUCACCCAAAUCAAACAAACUGUAGAUGGAGUUCUUGUUGCACUGAGAACAGCUGAGAUUAAAGUUUCCACUUUUACUAUACCUCUCACUGACCUUAUCAUUCCAGCAUUUACAAUCAACCUGAACAAACUGCAAGAGAUCAGCAUCCCAGCUCAAAUUUCAGUCCCUGAGUUCACCGUCCUCAACACCUACACAAUUCCUGCCUUCACCAUUGACUUUGAUGAGAUCAAAGCAAACAUAAUUUAUAUCAUAGACAACAUCAGGGAAUUUGAGAUCGAACUUCAUGACCCUGGGGAAAUCUUUGGUGACCUCAAAGUUCUCUACCUACCUGAAUUACCAGAUCUCACCUUACCGGAAAUAAGUCUUUCAGAAAUAACAUUUUCAGCCUUCAUCAUCCCCAAGUUAAAUUAUAAUGAUUUUAAAAUCACAAUGCUCCCAAUUCCAGUGUUCACAUUACCUGAGGUUCGAAGUGACAUUUGUAUCCCAAUCUUUGGCAAACUUCAUGGAGAAUUUACAGUGAACUCCCCACAGUACACUCUUCACACUACAGGGAAGAUUGAGAACUCAACAUCCACACCAAAAAACCCACAGUUUACAGCCACUCUUACUUCUUUUGCCAAAUCACCCAUUGAGCCCCUUGAAUACACAUAUGAAGCCACUGCACAAUUGGAAGCUCCUAGAAUGAAGAAGUUGCUUUUCACAGAAACCGUGAAAGCCACACAUGUUGCCUUCUCAAUAGAUCAUGGAGUAUCCAUGACACUCACUGGCUCUUCCGCAGAGGCUUCUGCUAAGACCACUGCCAAGGCUACAACCCAAAUCUAUACUGCAAACCUGGUCAACAAUAUGAAACUUACAUUAAAGAAUGGUAUCUUUGCAGUAAUAGACACAAACUACGACCACAGCGUUGACAAUCCAUCAAUUGAAACUUCAAAUCAGGCAUCAGUGAAACAGAAUAUAACAGCCAGCCUGGAUUCAGGUAGAAUAACUGUGACUGGUGAAACUACUGGUAAUGGAAAGUGGUCCAUUCAAGACUAUUUUGAUGAAGGUACAUACAAUAGCAAUGCUGAAUUCAACAUCAAUUUUAGCACUGCCAAAUUUACUUUUGUAGGAGAAACAGACUGUAAGGCCAUGAAAUUGAAGCAAAUGCUGACCGCUGAAUCCGUGAUCUUAAACCAUGUCACUGUUUUAGCAAAAUGGGAAACUGAAGUACCAUCUGUCAAGAACAGUGUUAUGAUUUUAAAUGCAGAGGCUAAUAUUUCGGACUUAAAAAUUGCAGUGAUAGCCUCUCAUAAUGCUGAAUUAACUGGAAGCCUGACUGGAUUCAUUGCCAACUCUCUGGAAUUCAUGGUCCAUCCAUUUGAAAUUGUGCUUGAUGUCAAGAAUAAAGUAAACUCCAAGAUGAUAUUCCCAUUAAAACUUACUGGUAAAGUGGAUCUCCAGCAGGAUUAUAGUGUUGUACUAAAUUCUGAAAAGCAGCAUGCUUGUUGGUUUACUUUGGCAAGAUUUAACCAGUACAAAUACAAUCACAACUUUACAGCAGAAAACAAUGACCUGGACAUCUUCUUUCACUCAUACGCUAAUGGAGAGGCUAAUUUGGACUUUUUGACUGUUCCUCUAACUAUCCCAGAGAUAACCGUACCCUAUCUCAAUAUUAAUAUUCCUGAGGUCAAAGAGCUCUCUCUGUGGGAAAAUGCUGGAUUUACAACCUUGCUCACCAAUCCUCAACAGUCAUUUGAUAUCAACCUGAAAAUGCAUUACUACAAGAACCCAGAUACACACAUCUUUGAAUUACACCUUGAACCAAUUUACAAUGUAAUUAUAGACAACGCCAACUUCAUCCAGGCUCAAUUUGAACAAUGUAGAGACAAAGUAGUUGCACAUUUAAAAGAUUCGUACAACAAAGCAAAGUCACAGUAUAUCAAACACAAAAUAGACACCUCUAGUCUGCCUCCUCAAAUCUUCACUGUCCCUGGAUACAAAAUACCAAUAUUGAAUAUUGAUGUUUCCGCUAUUAGUGCUGAGAUGCCUGCCUUUAGUUACUUUGUCCCCAAGGAGGUCAGUACACCAAGCUUCAAAGUUCCAGCACUAGGUUUUACUGUGCCAUCCUAUACCCUUGUUCUACCAUCUUUGGGUUUACCUGUUAUCCAUGUUCCAGAAACUUUAGGUGAAAUACAACUCCCCACUUUCACACUACCAGCCAUUCAAAACAACAUUUUGAUCCCAGCCAUGGGUAACAUAACUUUUGACUUCUUCUUUAAAUCCACUAUAAUCACCUUAAGUUCUAAUGCUGGCUUUUUCAACUAUUCAGACAUUGCUGCACGGUUCAGCACUUCUUCAACAUCUGUGUUUGACAUUUUAAAUGGAAAAAUUGAUGGCACCACCAGUUUGGCAAAGAAUAGAGGAAUACAACUGGUCACCACUGUGUACCUAGAACAUAAAAAUGUAGAAGCAAACCACAAAUGUGAUGUUAAUCUCACCGAAAGGAGCUUGGAAGCUUCUCUAGUAAACACUGCAAAAAUCAAUCUACCCUUCUUAAAUCUACAGUUCGGUCAGGAACUCACCGGAAAUACCAAGACAAAUGCAACUUUAGUUUCUAAGAAAAAAAUAAAAUAUAUGUUUAACAUUCCUCUGAUUAGGUCGGUAGGAAAAGGAAAUCUUGAUAUAAACUGGGUCCUGGAAGCACCUUCUUCCUAUGUGUCAUUAGAGACCUCCACAGAAGGGAAGUCAGAUAUAACACUAAUGGACAGUUGUAACUUUGAUGGAGAGCUAGAAAAUGUGGCCAGUUUUUACCUUAAUGCCAAUAACCUACGAUCAACGGUUAGGACGGUCUUAAACUCAAACAUUGACAAACAGGAGAAACUAAAACGAAGCACAUACAAUAAAGUCUUCCAGUUUGAUGUAAAUAAUAACAUAGCCCUUGAGGUCUCAUUACGGCGAAUGUUUGCAACAGUUGAUCACACCAGCAAUAACAAUAUUGAUAUUGCAUCUUUCAACACUAAUGGAAAGUACAUUGUUAUAGGAGAACUAGAUGUUGUUCCUCUAACAACUUUCAAGACUACAUUAAACAUUGAUGCAAGUCAGCCAAGUAGCUUGGGUAAUACUGGACUCUUUCAGAGCAUCAACCUUGCUAUCAGCUCGGACAAACAGUCUUUCGCUUGGAGUGGUAAGGAGCAGCUGGCAUCCAUCAUCCAUGCUUGUGAUUUACUCAUUUCCAAUGAUGAAUCCGAAGUACGUAUGGACUUGACCGGAUCAGUGGAAGGCCACCAAGCUUUCCUGAAGUCAGUUAGGCUUCCUGUAUAUCAGAAAACAAUCUGGGAUGUUCUCAAGUAUGACCAGGUCACACAUUUGGAUGACUUACACUUUUUUAACAUCUCUUCCAGCAUUGUGUACACAAAGACUAUUUAUGGCCAGGAGUAUAAAAUACCAUUUAAACUAUUUGAAAACAGCAUGACUUUUAAUAUCCCAGAAAUUAGCAUUGCAGUGCCGUUUUGGAUGAAAGAAAUUCCACUCUCAAUCAGGAAGAUAGACAUGCGAUUUGAAAAGCCAGAUGUCCCUGAUCAUCUCACUCUUCCCCCUGCCAUCUCAGUUCCAGCCUUUGAUGUACCAUUUACCAACUUGCAUGUGGAACCCUUUACAAUUGAUCCAAAGAACCUAAACAUGCCUAAGGUUAUCACUACUACAGCCUUUCAAAUCAUGUUGCCUCUCUUGCCAAUAAUGUCAGUGCCCAGUUACAUUAUUGAAACAGAGUAUCUACAGGGGAAAAUGUCUUUCCUUUCAUUUAAGAUUCCACAAUAUGAAAUCACAGUGUCAUCUUUCACACUACCAACAUCCUUUAACAUUGGAGAGCACAGUAUCAGCUUAAAUGAAAUCACAAACCAGAUAUUAAACCUCGAACUUCCAACCAUCAUUAUCCCAGAGCAAAAAAUUGAAGUCCCUGAAACUGCCUUUCAUCUUCCUUCAAGUGUGUUUAUCCCAACUUUUGGAUCCCUCAGUGCCACUCUGAAGGUUUCCUCUCCUAUAUAUAAUGUGUCAACAACUGCCAAGCUGGAGAAAAAGAACUCUAACCUCAUAACUUUGCUGAAUUCCACAUGUACUUCUACUAUGAUCUUCUUGGAAUAUGACCUCUCUGCCAGUGCAAUUCUUGGAUUAGACAAUGGAGUAUUUGAUCUAAAUGGAAAGUGCAACUUGAUACACAGUGACGUAAACUUUGACUGGCAACAUGUUUUGUCAAAAAACCUAAGGAUGAAGCGCCAAACCCCUCUGGCUGAUUCAAUGGAGUCUCGUCAUACUCUUAAUGUUGAUGUGUCAAGCCGAACAUUUUUUGAUACGAGCUUCCGCUUCGCUUCCCGCAAAGAUGGCAUAACUGCUUCUAUGUCUUGUCCAUCAUCUGGUUUCCUUGGAUGGCAGUUUCAGCGGAGGUCUCCGUCACAGUUGAAUGGAAAACUUUUUAGUCGCUACAUGUCCUCUCCUGAAAGGGAUAUUGAUGUUUUCUCUGCCAAAGCUACGCUGAAAAACUCUAAGAAGAUGAUCUUACAGAUGUCAUGGAAUUUCGACUUCUUCCAUAAUGUGAUUGAGGGCACCAAGGACAGGAUCCCUGCUAUGACAGACGCUGUCCUCAAGUUCUUUAACAAGUACCACACUUACCACUUUGGCUUUGAUGUAAACCGAGGUGGAAUGAAGCUGAAAAACACUGUUUCUAACGUCAUAGAGAGAGCAUAUCAUGAGAUGCCUCUAUCUUUUAACACAUUGCAUAAUUCAAUCAAACACCUGGCUGAUCAAUUAGAAGGCAUGUACAGGAAGGUUUCUGAAAGCUUGAAUUCCCUGAGUGUGCAGGAUGUUAUAGACAGGUUGUCUCUUGAGGCUAGACAAGUGUUGAAAUAUGGUGAAGACCAUAUCCAUGUCUUGUUAGAUAAAGUCACACAGUCCUUAAGUGACAUAAAGUUUACAUUACCCGGAUCUCAAGAAGAGCUCUCAAGCCUGGAGAUGCUUCAGCAAGCUUGUUCAUUUGUAUCAAGAGCCACUGACAAGGCACUGCUAAGGUUUGCCAGCCUAGUUGAGAAGAUUAUUAGAUACAUCAGGGAAAUCAAAUGUACCUUACCUGGAACUGAUGUCGUUGUCAAUGGAAAGGAGACCAUGGAUAACCUGAUGUAUUCUACUAGAUCUGUGUAUGUUCAGCUAAGACAUUCUGUGCACAGAGGGUUUGAUUUGCUCCACAAAACAGUUGAUGACCUGCUUCAGGUGAUUGCUGAAAAAGCAGAGAGUUUGAUCAAAUACCUAAAAAAUGAAAACUUCAAUAUCGCUUCUCAGGUUGAUUCCAUCUAUGCAGAGGUUCUACAUUCCUCAAAUCAACAUACCGAGGAGGCAAAUAGAUAUGUGGCUCAGUAUAAGGAACAUGCCAAAAUGCAGAUUCAAAAGGCUUAUAAUGCUCUUAGUAUGGAGCGUGUAGAUAAGGAUGCCAAGGAGUUUAUCAGUAUUUUGCAGUCACAUCUCUAUAGAGGGUUUAAUGAAAGUGUAGAUCUUAUGAGAAUCACAUCCCAGAGCACAGCACCAUACAUCAGAGUGAGCAAUAAAAAGAUGGAAUUUGAAAUUCCUUUACCUUUCCUUUGGAAGUCUUUCAGUGAUUGGCCGACGCAUUCCAGUCAGUGAGCCGAGGCUUCAUGAAGUUGUUUCAUUAUGGCAGACAAGAUUAAUGUCUGUUUGAAAAAUGUCAAUGCCAAUAUCAAUUCUGUUAAUUGUGUUUCACCUAACCAUGAUUUUAUAUGAGUUGUUACUAUUUGAGAUUUCUUUAAACUCGAAGAAUUAUACAAUUAUGACUCACUUGUGCUUUACAUGUUAGUUACUGUUUAAUGGUUGUGUUCUAUUAAACAAUACAGAAUACA